AUGUUCCAGGAGCUGUUCAGACGAGAAGCGAAACCCAAAAAAAGGGACAGGACGGGAAUCGAGGGGCGGUCAAGCAAAUGGCCCCCCGGGAAGCCACGCAUACGCAGCAACCCGGACAGCAAUAGCAGCACCAGAGCUUCUCAUGGGCCAUGGCGGGGACCUCUCCCUGGAAACCCCACCACCUGGGACCUGGACCGCCCAUUGGAGAUCCAACGCGCUAAGCCCAAGCUGUCACAGUGGGGUUGUCGGAUCCACUUGACCGGCUGCUCGUUCCUGAUACGUCGGUACACAUGGGGCACGGUCCAUCGCGGGGUCGCGGAAAAAGGAGAAGGCGGAGCUCCGUCCAGUCGGCCCUCUUCCCUCUGCCGUGCCGCCGGCUGCCAGGGACUCCGCUCGCAAAUCUCCAUCAUCUUGGUACAUAUCUGCACAUAUUCAAGUACAUUACAGACAAUACACAGCGGGACGAACCGAGUCUCAGAACCCAUCUCAUCAAUUGAGACACCUCUGCCGGACACGGCACAGAUCAAGUCCACAGAAGCCGAAAGACCAGAGAGACGUGCAGUCGUCACGAUCAUAAACUACUAUGACGACCCUGGAGAUGGAACCCCUCCCACCCCAAUCGUUUACCGUGUCAAUAGCUCGAAAUACUCAUGCCUUUUGUUCAAUUCCAGUCAGAAAGUCACAAAUGAGAGGAAAAUGACACCUCGCACCGUCACCGUCACCGACAUCAGAGGCGAAGAGGAUAAGUACACCCUCGACACCCACGGCUUCCAGUACGUCCGCCACACUAGCGUUGAGACGGACUUUACAGACGAGGAACGGGUCAAGGGCGUCUACUAUCCCGAGAUGGAGAAGCUGUACAAGGAAAUCACGGGAGCAAGCCGGGUCGUCAUCUUCAACCACCAGAUCCGCCGCGGGCCGGCAAACUGGCACAGCCUAGGCGAACGCAACACGGAGCACCGCGGCCCCCUGCACAAGGCGCACGUGGACCAGUCCUACGACGGCGCCGUCAUGAUGGCGAGGCACCACCUCGGCGCGGACGAAGCCGACAGACUCCUCGACAAGGAGAAGCGCCGGUUCCAGAUCAUCAACAUCUGGCGGCCUAUUGCGACGGUGCGGCGGGACCCGCUGGCCGUCGCGGACGGGACUACGGUCGCGGAGGAGGACCUUGUCCCGGGCGCGAUUAUUUAUCCCCGUCACCGGGCCGAGACGUGGACGAUCAAGCCGAAUCCGGCGCACCGGUGGUACUUUUUGGAUGGGCAGAAGCCGGAUGAGGCGUUGUUCAUCAAGUGUUUUGAUUCGGAUACGUCGGUCGUUCGGAGGGCUGCGCAUUGUGCUUUUCGGGACCCGGAGAUGGAUGAGAUGGAGUCUGGAAUGAUGGACGGUUGUCUUGUCAUGGUUGUCUUACCUUGGUCAUUGAAACGAGACAUGGAGGGCGCAAUUCAGACGUUGAAGCUGUGCUUAUUCAAGACAAGACGGUUAACGGUAGCGCGGGCGCAUGGGCAGAUACACGUGGGAAGACAGGACCUAGAUAAACUCUGUGCAAGCGUGUCUGUGACGGAUCUCCUGAGAAUUAACAACUAUAUCAAAGAGACGAUGCUUUUAUUGGUCCAGACACACUAUCCGUUGAGAAAAGUGCACUCUCAUGAUUCGAAUAUGCUUCAUAGAGUGGUCUCAAAAUUUAAGGCCACAUUAAACCCAACCCCAAACUCAAAAUUUACAACAUCAGAUCCUCAGAAAAGUCCAAUUGACUCUGGACCUCCGUCUCCCUGGUAUACGAUCAAUGGGCGGGUAUUCCCGAGGAACAAUGGCAGUACGAUCUGCCGAUAUUGUGACGUCACGGCUGUCGUCCGCCAAAGAUGCAGAAACGCCAAAAUCCAGGUUUCCACCCUUCCGCUCGGUACCAGUCCAGACCAAUGCAAACUUGCGACAGGCGGCUCGCAAUGGCGCCAUGACAAGGACAAGCCGGAGUUCGGCACAUGUGCCAUGCUCUAUUUCGGCCCUAUGCAUCGUACCGGGCUGUCAAGAUGCGGCUUUCGACGGGAUGGGCAGCUGGGACUUAUCGAUAAGAUCCGCCGGAUCAAUCUUAUCAGAGAUGCCCCACCUCUCAAGCAAGAAACCAAUGACGGCGUUCCAUUGACCAAUUCAAACCGCCCAAACGGACGGGACCUUCCCUCCCACCAGAUGCUUCCAAUUCCAAAAGAUGUUGUCAGGGAAGAGGGCGAGAUUGGUGUUUAA